AUACAAAUAGACCAAAUAUACUUAUAGUUAUAAUCAAAGCUUUAUAAUACUCUAGGCAGUAUCAAAGAUAUAUCGCCACAGUGAAUGGCUGGCUCUAGUAAUGGUGUCUAUAUCUGACAUGCACCAGGUUAUGCUACUAAGUGAAUGAGUCCAUUCAGCAUGUGGAAAACCUGUAGUGAUGUGGGCCGACAUCUUCUAAAGGAGGUAUACAAUCACGGACCAUGUGGCCUAAGAAUUUCACUCCCAAGCACAUUGACAGUCAGAGGAUGCUCUGUGUGCAAGCGGCUACAUAUCACUCACCAGAGGGUGCUGCAUGCUGACCUUCGCUUCGUGAGUUCGCUGCAUACCAGCUCAUUCCUCAGUAGCAAUGAAAAGACAAGCUCAAAGAAGAAGGCUGGUACGGACGAUGAUAUACUCGAGCACAAAAUCCGCGACCCAUUCAACUAUCCGAAGAAAUCCAAAAAACUAGCACCGAAGAUUACGUCAGGCAUGGUGACAGUGCAUCAAAACAUGACUGUAUCGCAGCUUGCUGAGACCAUCGGGAAGUCAUUGGACCACGUGUAUGAGGCGAUGAUGUACAUAACAAGAUUCAACACAAAUCACUAUGACAAACCAGAGGCAGUUAUAGACAACAUACGAGUGAUCCAGGAGAUAGUGGAAAAGACAGGCCUCCGGUACAAAAUCAAAGCUGAUCCUCGUAAACAGAAGGAGGCAGUCGACUUGGACGCUUACCGAAGUCCGGUUGUUACGGAUCCGGCUCUGCUGAAACAUCGUCCGCCCGUCGUCACCAUCAUGGGCCAUGUAGACCACGGAAAGACCACACUCCUUGAUGCGCUACGAAGCACAAACGUCGUCGCUACCGAGUUUGGUGGAAUCACUCAGCAUGUCAGUGCUUUCUCAGUCGAGUUACCCGAGUCCAAGCAACGGAUAACCUUUCUCGAUACUCCGGGUCACGCUGCAUUCUCGUCGAUGCGGUCACGGGGAGCACACGUGACCGACAUCGUCGUGCUGGUGGUCGCCGCCGAUGACGGCGUCAUGGAACAGACGAUAGAAAGCAUAAAGUAUGCAAAGAAUGCCGGAGUGGCGGUCAUUGUAGCAAUCAACAAAUGUGAUAAACCGGACACAAAUUUGGAGCGAGUGAAGAGGGAACUCCUAUCGGAGGGAAUACAGCUGGAAGACUUUCAGGGAGACGUUCCUUGUGUGUGUGUCUCUGCUCUCAAGAAAACAGGACUGUCAGAAUUGCAAGAGGCCAUUCUCACUAUGGCUGAGCUGCUGGAACUGAAAGGAGUGCCUUCAGGUCGGGUGGACGGAACUGUCAUUGAAUCGAAAACAGAUACUGGCCGAGGGAAACUGGCAACUUCCCUUAUUCAUCGAGGUACAUUGAAGACAGGAAUGUAUUUGGUUGCUGGGACCUGCUGGGGUAAGGUGAGAGGUAUCUUCAAUGACAGCAGUAAACAGGUAACGGAAGCCCCACCAGCGACACCUGUUGAAAUUUCUGGCUGGAAGGAACUGCCCUCUGGUGGUGAUGAAAUUCUACAAGUGGAAUCUGAACGCAGGGCAAGACAGGUGGUGAAAUAUAGGCAAGAUAAAGCAAUGGCAGUGAAGAUGGAAGCAGAUCAACUUGCGAUUAUGGAUAAGACCGAUGAACACCUGAAAUGGUACAAAGCUGAACUGGAGAAGAAGCGACUGCAGGGCAGAAAGCGACGAGUAAGACCAAUCUGGAGAGACAAGGAAUCAGUAGAGAAAACCCAUCCACACCUAGAAGUGGUUAUCAGAGGUGACGUAGCAGGGUCAGUAGAAGCCAUCAAGGAUGUCUUAUUGACCUACGCGUCAGCCAAGUGUGACCUUGAGAUUGUUCAGGAUGGGGUCGGCAUGGUAACGGAGUCUGACAUUGAGCUGGCCGCUACGUUCAAUGGUGUUGUCUAUGCGUUUAACGUGAAGAGCCCAGACAGCAUAUACGCACUUGCUAGGCAGAAGAACGUUUUGAUUAAGAACUACAACGUCAUCUACAAACUUAUCGAUGAUCUGCGCGAGCAGCUGAACAGCCGAUUACCAUUGACAGACGAGGAAGAAAUAUUAGGAGAGGCUCACGUACUACAGGAAUUUCUCAUCAAGGAUGGUAGAAAGCAGGUCCCAGUGGCCGGCUGCCGUUGCACAAAGGGCAACCUCCUCAAGAAGCAUCUGUUCCGUGUGAUGAGAGACGAGGAGGUGCUUCAUGAAGGUACAAUAGCAUCCUUAAAACAUUUUAAAAACGAGGUGGACAGCAUAAAGAACGAGAUGGAAUGCGGAAUCAUGUUUGAUACAUCGGCCGUGCAUUUUCAAUCUGGCGACACGAUCCUAUGCUAUGUUGUGCAUAAAGUACCAGACACUAUAGACUGGAUAACUGGUUUCUAGUAUAACAAUGAAGCAGCGUUGCCAGGCUAACCAGAUAUACACAGAUCGGCCAUUUUCCAUUCGGGGCUGCACAGGCAAUCGGCCUUAUCAUGCGUAUACACGUCACGUGCUUUGGCUUCAGGUGCAUCAAUCCGCGACAGCUUCAAGCACAUAAAUGUGUUAGCUUCAAGCUCAUCAGUGUGCGAGGUUCGCGAAUCGAGUGGCCGUCGUCUUUUGAUAGUUGUUGAGUAUUUAUACUGUGUUAGUAAUUAUUGCUCGACUAUUUAAUUGUCCUGCAUUAAGUUUUCGAAUAACAAAUAUCACAUGUUAAUUAA